AUGGCCUACCAGAUCUUUGCAAAGAAUCAGAGAGCGCCUUCGUUCCCUCGGGGUCCCGCGCAACCCCCGAUACACCCCCCUCCUGUUCAACCACCUCCGUCUGCCGUCGCAAACGCGUCAGGUCCACGCUCGAGAGAAGAGGUCUUCGACCCAUACCCACUGGAGAUCCCAGCCAGCGCUGAGACUCCACACCCUCACAUCACCGUCGAGAAGAUCCAUACGGCGCAUAUCCCUUCUUUGACGCGAAUCACGGGCUUACUGCUCCCGAUCCGCUACCCAAACUCCUUCUAUACAGCUACCAUAACAGAUCCGGUGAUAGCAUCUCUGUCGCGAGUGGCUAUUUACCAUGACCAUCCCGUUGCUGCAGCGCCGGAGACUCGCGCCUCAACAGGGACAGACAAAGUGAUCGGCGGUAUUCGCUGUCGACUGGAGAGGAUCCGACAGCCAGAUGCGAGCCGAGGCCAACCUGAGACCAGCGCAGGACCCACAAACCUAUACAUACAGACUCUUCAUCUCCUCUCGCCAUAUCGAGGCAACGGCGUAGCGGCAUCGUUGUUGAACUCGCUUCUGUUCUUGUCGACCCCGGACGACAAGCAGGCCCACCAGGUGUCCGAGCUUGUCAAACACUAUAAUAUUCGCUCUGUGACAGCUCAUGUCCACGAGGCUAAUGAAGACGCCCUCAAGUGGUAUAUUUCGCGUGGGUUCGAAGUCCAAGGUCAUGUCCCGGGUUACUAUCGUCGCUUGAAUCCCUCGGGAGCCAAGAUUGUACAGCUGGAUCUACAUUGGGAUCACGAUCAGCCUGCAUCUUUGGAAGAAGGCGCUGCUCGAGAGGCAUCUCCUGGUAGUGAGCCAAAUGAUGAAGACUGGGAGAAGGUUGAGGUCGAGGAUGGAGAUGAAGGCGAUCAUGGUAUACGCCAUUUUGAAGCUUCACAGGUCCUUGAAAAACAGGAUACACCUUCGCGCAAGCGCAAGGCCGAGGAUGAUAAUACUGCACCUUUGCGCAAGUAA